AUGAUCCCAGAAUCGUCUGAAGCUUACUCUUUUGGUACGGAAACUUGCCAGGCAUCGUUUCCCAGAACCUAUCGUUCUGUUAAGGAAGGCAACCGCAAGGAUGUGCUCAAAAUUUGCUACCGAAAGUACAUUGCGAACAAGCCGAACCGAGGCCUGCUUCCGUCUUACAAUCUUGUUUUCUUACACGGAACAGGUAUGAACAAGGGAAUGUGGCACUCGCUAAUUGACCAGAUUUACGUCAAAUCUGCGGAUUCCGGUCUUCAUAUCAAUACUUGUGUGGCUGUUGACGCCGUCAACCACGGUGAGUCUGCAGCAGUCAAUGAAAACUACUUAGGUGAUGCCUAUGACUGGAGAGACGGGGCUUACGACAUAAUGAAGGUAGUUGAGGCUGAACGUGAUACUUUUAUGGACUUAUCACGGAAGAAUAUCAUCAUUGGCCACUCCAUGGGAGGCAUGAUAGCCAUGUACACCUCGUAUUUGCAGCCACAGCUUUUCGAUGCUUGCGUUACAAUUAACCCUGUGGCAUACAGAAGCGAAGGUGUUACCAUGAUUAGGGAUGUCUUGGCGCCAAAAGGGUACAUGGAAACACAAUUUGAUGUCCCGGAGGGUGAAAGCUGGGAGAAGGUGGUAUUCUCGUAUAUGAGAUCGCAGUCAUUUUUCAAGAGAUUUGACGACAAGGUCUUAAAAAAUUUGAUUGAUGACGAAGUGCCUAGUGACCUCUAUGGAAAAGAGGUCAGCAAGGUAUCCUUAAGAACCAGCAAAGAAAAUACGUUGGCGACAUACCUCGGUUCUGAUCAGGCAUUGCCCCCAAUGUCUGCUGUAUUGCCGUACAUAGGGAUUCCCGUCAUAAGAUUUUUGUCAGAAAAGGACACUGCCUCUGAUGACGACAAAGAAAGAUUGGAGCAUGACGUUGGAGACAAGCUAGAAACCGUACAUUUUCCUGGAAAGAGGCACAUUUUGAACGGCGAGGACCCCGAGCUAACCGUGAAGCACUUGCUUGAGGUUCUUCUUAGGCGGUCAACGGCUCCACCCACCGAAUUUCCUUUCAUUAGCAUUUUUCCGAAGUUGUAA